GAGCAAAUAUAUCUUAUUCUAUACUUUAAAAAGAAUUAUGUAUCAUAGAUUUGCUUCGAUACUAUGAAAUAACAUGAUUUGAAGUAGUUAAAAUUUAUCAACUAAAUGAUAUAUGAUACCAACAAAGUAUAAUAUGAGAUUAGCUAACAAAAUAAAUCAUAUGUAUCAUGAUAUAGAAAAUGAAAUACCAAAUAAAAGUCAAGAUUUUAGUAAACAAGCUAGCUCGAGCUCGACUCGGCUCAUUUGCAGCCCUACGUACAAGACACGGGUCUGGUCUUGAUUUGGUACGUGUGUUCUUCUUUAUCAAUCAUUGAACUAAAGACCUAACUUUUAUGUAUAUCACGUACAAAUUAAUUGGUCCCAAAAAUGGCAUGCACAUAUAUGAAGUGUACAGUACUUUUGUGGUAUUUACUAGUUUGUGUAAGAAAGUGGUUAAAUAUCAUACAUGGACCUGUAUAAGAUCCAGCAUAACCUUCUCCUAACAAUUCGAGUUAUUGGGACCAACUGGUUUAUGACAUGGUAUCAGAGCUGGUUUGUCCUUGAGGUCACGUGUUCGAGUCCGCACGACCCCCAAUAUUAACCGUUGUCUUUCAAGCACAUGGUAUGGCGGGUCUGUGCAAACUUCAAGCCCAUGAGUCGGCUUUCGAUUUAGGGGGCGUGUAAGGAAGUGGUUAAGUGAGCUUAAAAAGAUUUUAGCUCUUUCACUUAGAUUCUGACUCCACUAGUGAAAUUAAUUAUACUCUUUUCUUUUAUUUUUGUUUAUAACAAAAAAUUCAUUUCUAUUGUUCCAAGUGCCGAACACAACAAACCAAAGUUAUAAUUUGUAUAAAGAAAAUAAGAAUAUGAGCCUAGCUAUGUUUGGAACUUUGGAUAAAUGCCAUUAGAAAGGGGAUGAGGAUAUGGUGCAAAGAUAUAAAAUGUGAAUCUGGGUUGGGCCCAGGUCCAGCCCGUAAAUUGAGUCCAGAAAUCCCAGGCUUCCCAAAUCCAGCCGGCCUGCUUGCUUUACCACCCAAGCAAACGCCUGCCCUCCGCCGUGCCGUUUCCUCUUUCCGAUUCAUCCACAACAAACACCAAAUCGCCUUCUUCCUUCUCGUUCUCAAGCUCUGGGUUCCUUCGUACUGCUUUGGAGGUGCAUAAAUGUCUCUAUUCCAGUCUUGACUCUUGAGUUCAAUUCUUUUUGGUAGCCGAAAAUAAUCAGCAGGCGGCAUAUGAAGAAAGAGACCGUACCAACACCGCCGGAGCCACCAACGACGAGAACGAGCUUGGAGGAAGAAGGAUAUGUGUUUGCGGAAUCAGUAGAAGUUUUCCGAAUUCAACCCUUCGAUCAAUUCUUCCUUCAAAGCACGAACUUUCGCUGCUGCUGCUGCUGAGCCCCAGCCUGCUUUGAGAUAAAAGAGUUGUGAGUUGAUAUAAAGAAGAUGUCCGUCAAGCUUAACCUAUCUCCUUUCAAGCUCGACAUUGAUGAGCUCAUCAACGAGUUUGUGGAGCAUCAAUCGACAAGCUUUCCGGACUGGAAGAAAAUAUGGCGUUUGAGGAAAUUUUCAUACAUCUACGAGGCUGCUCCUACUACACAUUUGGGUUACUUCAUGCAGUCAUUAUAUGCCCAUACAAUUGGGCAUAUGAAUGACAGCGCCUCCUUUCCAAGAAAACUAGGAGGCUUGUAUUGCUUAUACUGUCUAUACGAGACUCAACCAUUUAAGCCUCCUUUCAAGAUCUAUCUCUCCCUUGGGGAACUAAAAAAUUUGAAGAACCUCGUCGCUGAAGCCAAAGGGAACACUGUCAAAGCAGCGCCCGCUUUGAUGCAAAGAAUGCUGGAAAAGGAUGUGUUCCUAUUUGGGUUUUUGGAUUUAGAAGAAGCUGCUAAAACAGUAGAAAAACUCGCGGAGCAGGAUAAUGAGAUAGUGAAGUGUGCUGCUAAGAAGUUAUUUAAGGAUACCAGGAUGGAGCACUUCCUCCACUUAGACAUGGGAAGGGAACUGGGUCUAGAGGAAUUGAAGAAAUUAUCCACAGAAUAUGCAGAGUCGAAGCAGCGUGCAAUUGAAGAAGCCCGGAAGGUGGUAAACAUGCAAGACGUGGAGCAUCUUGCAAAUGCCAAGGAGCUGGUUGGUGACAAAGUGGAGAAGGCGGUAGAGAGCUGGGAUGCCCAGAAGGAUGAGUUCUACCAUAAAACAGGAGUAAGACCCACUCAGGAACAGGCUCAACAAGAAGAUGAUUCUGACAAUAGUGAUGCUGAAUAUACUCACGAGCUUGAGCGAGAAUUGCAGCUGUUUGACGAAAAUAUGGAUGAGCAGCAAUGACAGUAAUCAACAGGACUACAGGAGUGAGACCCACUCAGGAACAGGCUCAACAAGAAGAUGAUCAUGACGAUAAUGAUAUUGAAUAUACUUGCGAGCUUGAGUGGGAAGGUGUUCGACGAAGAUUUGGAGGAGAAAUGAAGCAAUGGCGGAACA